AUGUGUCGAGUUGAAGCCUGCUUGAUUGUGUAUGAUGAAAUGAAUGAUGAUGUUGGAACAAUGACUUGGCCCAAAGACCCCACACUAGUACGUCCCAUCAUUGAAAACUAUGAGAGUCAAAGGGCUGAGAAACCUCCCAAUACCUUUGUUAUUGAUGACUUUUUCGAGAAUAGGAAUAACAUGAUUGAAUCUGAGAUUUCCAAAUUGCAUAAACAGGCUAGAGAGAUCAAGUAUCCAAGUUGGGAUCCGAGUUUGAGCAAUAUGGGAGACGAACAAUUGAGGGCAUUCAUUGCUAAUGUGAAUGCCAAGAUUGAAGCUUGUGACCAGAGAAUUGACAUGUUGAAAAAUACGAACCAAGAUGAAGCCAACAACAUCAACUCCAUGCAAAAUAUGCAUGGUUCACGCCAACUAAAUUUCAUGCAAAACAUUUCUCAAAGCCAAAUCAUCCCUACUCCUGCAGAGCCACUAGUACUUAAUGAUAAUAAUGGGAGGGUAUUGAAUUUUGCAAAUUCAACAAAUCAGGUUGGUGGAGCUUCUAGUCAUGGAAUUAAUAUGUUGAGAAACAUUCAACAAGAUGAUGCUAAUUGCUCUAGUUAUAUGCCAAGCAUGGCUCAAAGCAAACUUAAUUGCUUGCAGAACAACUCUCAGAGCCAACUGAUCACACUUCAAACUUUGAGGUCACUCAAAGCAAAAAAUAAGAUGGUAGAUUUUACUAAUCAAGUUGUUGUUCCUCAAGAUUCAAUUAAUCAACUUGGUGAGUCUUUGGAUUGGACUAAUCAUCAUGGUGAAUUUGAGUGGGCCAAUGGACUCAUUGGGGUUGAGGAUUGGUCUAAUCCACUAAGAGUGUUGUUAGGUGCACCCAACAUUUAA